UGAAAGAGAAGAGUGAUUAAAACACUUCUCCUCCCGUUUAAUGAUGUUUCUUUGUCUGGAUUGAAUUCAGAAUGAAUAUGCACCAUGUUCUGCUUUUCUGCUUCUUAUCAGCUGCUCUGUGUGGUGGAAACAAUGCAGAAACACUCAUCCGCACUGAAGGAGGAAGUGUCACAGCUGCAUGCCAUUUUAGUCUCUUUGGAAGAAGAAAGUUCCUCUGUAAAGAUGAAUGUAAAGAAGAAAACAUCCUCAUAGAAACUGAUAGCGACGUAGCUCAGAGAGGCAAAUACAGCAUCAAAUACAAAGAAGGAACUUUUCCAUUAUCUUCUACUGUUCUGUAUGUUAGCAUCACCCAGCUGACCAAGUCUGACUCAGGACGGUACAGGUGUGGUUUGGAAAGACGAUUGUUACCUGAUGCAUAUUUGGAGUUUGAGAUCAGAGUUACAGAUGCUCCAAAGACUUUUCCUGAGACCAUGAAGCAGCCUGAACAGCAGCAGAUUGGGGACACAACAGCUGCAGUGCACGGUGUUAAAGGUUACGUCCUGCCUCUGAUUGUAUGUGUCACUGUGGUUGUGCUGCAUGCUGUUAUUGUGUUGCUCCUUUACAAAUGGAAGACAAGGAGGAACUCUGAUGGUUUGAUCACCAGGGGGCAGUCAGAUGACAGGAACAUGGAGUUUACCACCCAUGAGAAGUCCUCUCCAGUCUGCAGAUGUGCAGACUCCACCUCCCCACGUGAAAAUGAAACCAGCAAUCAGGACAAAAUCUACUGUAACCUCUAACCUUUUAAUUUGCACGCUGUAACAUUUUACAGCAACAAUGACAUCAUACCCAUGCUAAAAUUCAUUUAUUUAUUUUACCUUUUACUUUGCUGUUAUCUCUCAGUGGUAAAAGAAGUACUUUAUGUAUUGAUAUGUUUUACCUAAAGGGUAACUACGAGAUGUUUUCAACCUGGUCUCUAUUUCCCCAUAUUUUUGUGUGACUAAAUGGAUUAACAUUUUCUGAAAUUUGUCUAGUUUUGAGCAAGGGCGGUUUAGUCGGAUGCUGCUGAACAGGGCUGCGGCGUAAUCGUUGCCAAAGUAAAUUGUGUCCUCUGAAGUGCUGAAGUAAA